AUGGGAGAAGCAAACCAGACUCUGGUGUCUGAGUUUAUUUUUCAGGGACUUUGUACUUCAAGGGAACUACAGAUCUUCCUCCUGCUGCCAUUUUCCAUCCUCUACCUGAUGACUCUGGUAGGCAACCUCUUUGUGGUGAUAUUAAUCGUCACUAAUUAUCAUCUCCAUUCUCCCAUGUACUUUCUGCUAGCCAAUCUUUCAUUUAUUGACUUCUGCCUUUCCUCAGUAAAUACACCCAAACUGAUAACAGACCUCCUACAAGAAAAUAAAACAAUUUCUUUCUGGGGUUGCAUGAGCCAGAUCCUCUGUGUGCAUUUCUUUGUAGGGGGUGAGAUGGUUCUUCUUGUAACAAUGGCCUAUGACCGCUAUGUGGCCAUCUGCAGGCCACUCCACUACACCAGCAUCAUGGACAGACAGAAGUGCAUCUGCCUUGUUUUGAUAUCAUGGUUCAUUGGAUUUGUGCACGCCAUUAGUCAGCUGCUCUUGAUUUUGGAGCUUCCUUUCUGUGGGCCAAGAGUGAUAGACAGCUUUUUCUGUGAUAUUCCUUUGGUGAUGAAAUUAGCCUGCAUGAAUACUGAUACUCUGGAAAUCUUGAUAAAUGCUGACAGUGGUGUUUUAGCGACAACUUGUUUCAUUCUCUUGUUGAUAUCUUACACUUACAUUCUAUUGAGGCUUCACUCUAAAGAUGGUUCAUCAAAGGCCCUCUCUACCUGCACCUCCCAUAUCAUAGUGGUUGUGCUCUUCUUUGGACCCUGCAUUUUCAUCUAUCUGUGGCCAGUCAGCAUCACGUGGGUGGAUAAGUUUCUUGCUGUGUUUUAUACAAUCAUCACACCUCUCCUAAAUCCAGCAAUCUAUACAUUGAGAAAUAAUGAUAUUAGAAAUGCCAUAAUUAAGCUGAAAAAUUACAGGUAA